AUGACUAAUAACGAAUCAGUGGUCCCUCAUUUACAGGAGUAUGAUGGAUUUAGUGAACGUUCAAGACGUAACUCCGCAUCAUCUCGUAGAGAAUCACUUCAUAUUGUUCAAUCUAGAAGAUCUUCUAUUAAUCGUAUGUCUACUCAAGAUACUGGUGGUCCAGAUUAUAUUUCUCCAGGUCAACAAUAUGCUAAUGGUGCAGCUCUUAUACCUGAAUUCAAUGAACGAGAAGUAACUGUUGUUGACUAUGCCAAACAUGUUUUUUCCGAACCAAAGAGUAAGCUCACAAACUAUAUGACCUCUUUGUUCCCCAUAGCUAAAUGGAUCUUACACUAUAAUGGUAGAUGGUUAUACAGUGAUUUGGUUGCUGGUAUAACUGUUGGUGUUGUCCUUGUUCCUCAAUCUAUGUCUUACGCUCAACUAGCUGGCUUACCUGCUGAAUAUGGGUUGUACUCUUCGUUUGUCGGUGUCUUCAUUUAUUCAUUUUUUGCAACUUCUAAAGAUGUUUCCAUUGGUCCAGUCGCUGUGAUGUCUUUACAAGUUAGUAAAGUCAUUCAAAAAGUUCAAGAACAGAACGGUGAUAAAUUCUCAGCUCCUGAAAUUGCUACUUUCCUUUCCUUGAUUUGUGGUGGUAUUGCAUUUGGUAUUGGUAUACUCAGGUUGGGGUUCAUUUUGGAAUUUAUCUCCAUCCCUGCAGUUAUGGGUUUCAUGUCUGGUUCUGCUUUUUCUAUUAUCACUGGUCAAGUGCCAAGUUUGAUGGGGUUCAACUCCAAGGUCAACACUAGAGACUCAACCUAUUUGGUUGUGGUUAACUCAUUGAAGAAUUUGAAACAUCUGAGAGCUGAUGCAGCUUUUGGGUUGACAGCAUUGUUCCUAUUAUACGUUUGGAAGUUCUCCUGUGCUUGGUGUGAAAAGAGAUACCCAAGAAGAAAGCUUUGGUUCUUUUAUGCCGCACAAUUGAGAAAUGCCCUUAUUUUAAUUAUUUCGACCGCCAUUUCUUGGGGUAUCAUUCAUCCUAAAGUUACAAAUUUUAAAGGUCCUAGAGAACAGUUCAAAGGUCCCUUUUCAAUUUUAGGUGUUGUGCCUUCUGGUUUGAGACAUGUUGGUGUCAUGUCUAUUCCUCAAGGUAUUAUUGGUGAAAUGGCUUCUGAAAUUCCUGUUUCCGUUAUUAUUUUGUUAUUGGAACAUAUCGCCAUUGCCAAAUCCUUUGGUAGAGUUAACGAUUAUAAGAUCAUUCCUGAUCAAGAGGUCAUUGCUAUUGGUGUUAAUAAUUUAAUUGGUACUUUUUUCAGUGCUUACCCAGCUACUGGUUCUUUCUCUAGAUCUGCUUUAAAGGCCAAGUGUGGUGUCAGAACCCCCCUUGCAGGUAUUUUCACUGGUGGUGUUGUCUUGUUGGCUUUGUACUGUUUGACAGAGGCUUUCUUUUACAUUCCAAAAGCAACUCUUUCAGCCGUUAUUAUCCAUGCCGUUUCCGAUUUGAUUGCCAACUACAAAGUUACCUGGUCUUUCUGGAACAUUUCUCCACUUGAUUGUGGUAUCUUCUUAGUUGCAGUUAUAAUUACUGUCUUCUCUUCUAUUGAAAAUGGUAUUUACUUUGCUAUUGCUGCUUCUGGUGUCAUUUUGUUGUUCAGAGUUGCAAGGCCACAAGGGGUCUUUUUGGGUAAGAUUAAGGUAGCUGAAGUAAUCAAUCCAAUCAUUGAAGGUGAUUCUUUUGUUGAAGAUAAUUCCAGUAUUCUGGAUAACUCCAGCGAUUCGCAAGAUUUGGAAAUCCAUCAAGUCUUGCCCAAAGGCGCUUCAUACCAAGCUACUGAUUGCAGUAAUUUGAAAAUUGAAGACAGAGCCUCCAAAAAAAGUCUUGCUUCUGAUAUUCCAACUGCUCAACAAUUGGCUCACCAAAACCCUCACAUUAAAUUCCACACAAGAUGGGUUCCAUUGACAAAGGAAAACAUAAACAAUGAACUAAAUGUUCAACCACCUCCUCCAGGUGUUCUUGUUUUCAAGCCAGUUGAAUCAUUAACCUAUCCUAACGUUUCUGUACAGGUUGACCGUAUUUCCGAUGAAGCAAAGAGAUUGACUAGAAGAGGGAAGCCAUUCGAUACAACAUCUGCUGGUUCCAGACCUUGGAAUGAUCCUGGUCCUCUUCAAUGGAAAUUCGGUAAACCUAAAUGGUUCAGUAAAGAUAAGAAGGAAGAGAAGAGAAUCGUUGAAACUGUUGUUGAUGAACGACCACUUUUACGUUUGGUUCAUAUUGAUUUGUCUUCUGUUGCCUCCAUUGAUGUCACAUCUAUUCAAGCAUUGAUUGACUUGCGUAAGGCAUUAAACAGGUACGCUGAUAGAGAAGUUGAAUUCCAUUUUUCUGGUAUUUUGUCUCCGUGGAUUAGAAGAGGUUUGAUUUCCGCAGGUUUUGGUUCUUACACUGCUGCUGAUGUUGAAAGUGAUGGAGCUGUUAGUGCCACUACUUACGUCAACAUCGGUGCUUCUAACGACUUGGAAUCUGCUUCUGCAUCACCAUAUUAUGCCGUCAUUGGUACUGACACCCCAUUUUUCCAUUUGGACAUUCCAGACUAUUCAUAA